CCUCCGCUCGACUGUUCAGGGUAGGCCAGGUAAUCAGAUUAGACACGAUUACGAACAACAUCCGAAGCCCAGCUAUUUGUAAUAGAAAAUAUCACCAUAAAAAGCUAAGGAGAAAAAAACAGAGCACGUGUGAGGACAAGGUGGAUAUUCAGAGUAUAUUAAGAAGUUCAGAAAGUUCAGGUGAAUCUUCCGGCAUGAGACACAAUGCAAGCGAUGCCAAUAGUCUCACUGCAGCCAAACAGCCUUCUAGGAAUGUCGAUAUUCAAAUGUGGCAGAGAUCACAGGAAAGAACAUCCUUAUUGAGGAAGGGUGAAAAAAGGGUGGCUUUUAUAGCAGUUGUGUCAAUGCUGAUUGGAUUUGUGGCCAUUAAAUCAUUUGUUUCAGUGCCUCUCUCUGUUUUGGAUCCCAAUUUUGUAAACUCUAAGCUUGGUAGCCUUGUAGACAAGAUGUUGUAAACCACUGGAUACUGCCAGUUGAAUGGCUUCCUCAACUGGCAGGCCAUUUUCUUAGCUACAAUCCUGCAGAGGUUUUGCGGUUAUUCAAGAUCAGUGGAGGCGCCUAAUUGCCCCUCAGAUCAAAGAGCAACUGGAACCCAAAUAGGAAUAACCAAAAACCACAGUAGAUACCAAAUCUGAAAACCUGUUAGUAUUUUGACAAAAACCCUUAUCGGUGAAUGCUUAAAAACAAAAUCUACAAAUGGCAAAGAACACCAAAACUGGAAAACCAAAGUGUUUGGGCAUAAAAACUGAAAAACCUAUCUAAAAAAUAGCCAAAACUGGGAAACUGAAAAUCCCAGUGCCCUCCUCUGGUGAUUAAGUAACUUUUUACACUCUAAAACAACAAGGAGAAGUAAUUUUUUUAAUUACUUUUUUGUGAAAAAGAAAUUAAUAAGACAUUAUGUAAACAAUAAUUUCAGCCACUAACUUAUUACUGGUGCAUGUUGUUGUUAACUUGAUAUGGCUAGUGUUGCAAGGUUGAUGUGACAUGUUUGAUAUUCAUACAUUCCAACCUUUUGGGUUGAAAGAGUUAAGAUUAUUCCAAGGUCAGUUAGGGUAUCCUAUAGAAUUGUGCAAGACUGGGAGAUUCUACACUACCCAUGGAGCAAAUAGCAUAGACUCCUGCACUUUUUUCUCUACUUUUUUCCAAUUGUUUUCCAUACCACAGAAAAUGAAUUGUUUAGUAAUUGUAAGUCAAGCAGUUUAUUUUCACAUGUUUUUAAGUCUAUGCAUAUGAAUCAAAGAACUGAAGAAAGAAGUCCUACAAAUUUCUUUUUUUUUAUUUGAAGAAAAAAAACUAGCUGGUUUCUUUUUAAUUGGAAGUAAACAAUCUGACACUACAUUAUUAACUUCAUAAGAGAAGUAGAUACUGAUCCGGGGAGAAAAAGGGGCUUAUUAAUCCACUGGAUGACGCAAACCAUAUAAAUGAUUUCUGGUUUUUAUUGGAUUUAUUAAGGAAAACGUUGCAUAAUAUUAGAUAGGGCAAACUACAGGGCAAACUACAACAUAAGCGAACUACAGUGAUUAAUCAAAUAUCAUCGACCACUUCUGUGACGAUAUCCAGCAGAUUAUUCCUAAUCACUCGUAAACACAAGGUGGCAGUUCAAUUGGGCAUUCGGUUGGCAAAAUCAUAUGAAAUGCCGGUCAGCGAGGGAACAAUUUAGCAUGGAACGAUUCCUUCUAAAAAUGAACUUUUAACACGUUGCGCGAUCUUACGAAGUUACUAAUCCCAAGUGUAUCAUGAACUUAAUGAAAAAGGAAAUUAAUUGUCAGUCAAUUAUGACUCAUAUCUAAUUAUAUACUUUUCUCAACGAAACAGAUACUGAAGUGAGUUACAAAAAGCAAUUGGUAGUUUUUGCACUCUGUCCAUUAAAGGCUUUUCAAGCGAGAUGAUAGUACUUAUUGUCUCAAAAACUUCUGAAAGUGGAAAAGGAAAUGUUAAUCCAUAAAAGUGUUUGUUGAAGGCUUUUAACAAAUCCCAGUUAAUCAACUUGUUUCUACACUUUCUGUGCAAAGUUUAAUCCAAGAAUAACAUUGGAUGACUGGUUUGUAAAUGUGCAAAGUCUAUAUCCUGACUUCAGGAAGUACUUGCCAAUAAUAUACUAACACAGGUCAAAAGUACUUUUUCAUGCAUGUUGAUUGGCUGUUGCAGAAGUCAUUCACAAAUACUAUUCACCUCUGAGGAGCCGUAGAAACAAAAUGCAUCAAGAGUUAACUUUCUGCCACAUUUUUGGUACACUGACAGAAGUAAACUAAUUUUUUGGUUCCUGUGUGGCAUAUACUAGAACAAUUAUUUACCUAAAUGUCAAUAAAUAUCCACCAAUGUUUAUCUCUAGUUUGGUGAAUAAUUGUUAAUUAUCAUUUUUCUUUUAA